AUGUCCGACCUUCCGACCCCCGACAUUUCCGUCUCAGACCUCUCCUAUACUUACCCAAAUGGUAAAAAGGGCCUUUCGAAUGUAUCUUUCCAUGUUCCAUCCUCUUCCCGUACUCUUCUCAUCGGUUCCAACGGGGCCGGAAAGUCUACCCUACUAAGGCUUCUCGCGGGGAAAACACUCGCUCGGGAUGGAAAGAUUCUAGUCGGAGGCGUUGAUCCAUUCAAAGAAGGCCUCGAGGGUGUGACCUACCUCGGUGUUGAAUGGGUCUUAAACCCCAUAGUUCGUACCGAUAUAUCGGUCACCGAACUACUCCACUCAGUCGGUGGCUCGUAUUACACCGAACGACGAGACGAAUUAAUCUCAAUUCUGGACAUUGACGUUGACUGGCGCAUGCAUGCCGUCUCUGAUGGUGAGAGACGUCGGGUUCAGUUGGCCAUGGGCUUAGUACGUCCUUGGAGUAUUCUAUUGUUGGAUGAAGUCACAGUGGACUUGGAUUGCCUGGCUAGAUGGAGGUUCCUGGAUUGGUUGAAGCAGGAGACCGAGAAGCGAGGGUGUACUAUUCUCUAUGCUACGCAUAUAACUGAUGGUCUGGCAAACUGGCCUACUCACCUUGUCCGUAUGACUCUGGGCGAGACUCGUAAAUGCGGUCCGAUCGCUGAGUUCUUCCCACCACAAUCAAGGGCUGAAACUUCUCACGUUGAAGAUGCAGUUAUCGGGAGAAAUUCAUCACUCCUCGAUCUUGUUAUGCGCUGGCAAGCCGAGGAUCUAGUCGAAAGAGGCCCACGGCCUUCCGCAAAGAAGUUACAGAAGUCUUCAUCUUAG